UUUUGUUAAAAUUUUGUUCAGCGCGUCUUGUAUGUUAUCUGAGGACACACUAUCGCAAUUUAAGUAACAUAUUUUUGAUGUGUCAAUGCAAAUAAAUACUCGUGUGAAUAAUUUAAGAGAAUAAGAUCAUAAUUCAAUAAAUUAUCUCAAAAGAUAUUUAUUAAAUCCCUUAUAGCAAUUGAAUUUAUUUGAGUUACAAGAUAUCAUUAUGCCAAAUAUUAAAGUUUUCAGUGGCACUUCUCAUCCAGAAUUGGCCAAGAAGGUCGUUGAUUGUUUGGGUAUUAGUCUUGGUAAAGCAGAGUUGAAAAAAUUUAGCAAUAAAGAAACGUGUGUAGAAAUUAAAGAAUCUGUUCGUGGUGAAGAUGUUUAUAUUAUCCAAAGUGGCUGUGGUGAGGUCAAUGACAAUUUAAUGGAAUUACUGAUUAUGAUUAAUGCCUGUAAAAUAGCAUCUGCAUCAAGAGUAACUGCAGUGAUCCCACUUUUCCCUUAUGCCCGUCAAGAUAAGAAAGAUAAGGACCGAAAAGAUAUGAGCCGAGCUCCAAUUUCUGCAAAACUUGUUGCCAAUAUGUUAUCUGUAUCUGGAGCAGAUCACAUAAUUACAAUGGAUCUGCAUGCUUCUCAAAUUCAGGGAUUUUUUGAUAUUCCUGUUGAUAACUUGUAUGCAGAACCUGCUGUUUUAAAAUGGAUAAAAGAAAAUAUACCUGAAUGGAGAAACUGUAUUAUUGUAUCUCCUGAUGCUGGUGGUGCCAAAAGAGUAACAGCUUUAGCAGAUCAUUUGAAUGUUGAAUUUGCUUUGAUCCAUAAAGAGAGAAAAAAAGCAAAUGAAGUUUCUUCAAUGGUUUUAGUGGGAGAUGUUAAAGAUCGUAUUGCAAUACUUGUAGAUGACAUGGCUGAUACCUGUGGAACAAUAUGCCAUGCAGCCGACAGAUUACUAGAAGCUGGCGCUCAGAAAGUUUAUGCUAUAUUGACUCAUGGCAUAUUCUCAGGAUCUGCUAUAUCUCGAAUAAAUAAUGCUGUCUUCGAGGCAGUAGUCGUUACUAAUAGCAUACCUCAAGACAAGCAUAUGGCAGAAUGUAGUAAAAUCCAGUGUAUUGACAUAUCAAUGAUCCUUGCUGAAGCCAUUCGUCGUACUCAUAAUGGAGAAUCUAUAUCUUAUUUGUUUAGUCAUGUUCCUAUGUAGGCUUUGUGACACUAAAAGUUCCAGAUAGAUUUGGCCAGAUAAUUCUGUGAUACAUAAAAAAAGUUUACAAAAAUAUCAAAUGUUUUAUAUUGAAUGGAAUUAAAAUUGAAUUGUCUUUUAAAUAACCUGACAGCCUUCAAAAUUUAACAAACCAUUACUGUCUUUGAUCAAAGUCUUAUUCAUAUUCAACUUUGAAAGUUUCAUAAAAAUGUUUAAAUUUUCUCGGUAUGUAAUAAUGUGCUAUAGUUAAAUGGCAUUUUCUUUGUCUGUCAGAAAGUUUACAAGGCUAUUCAACAAAAAUGUUUAAAUAUAAUUGACAGUUGUAAAUAUUCUUUUUAUACAUCUUAUCAAGAUCUUGCCAAUUAUGUACAAUACUCUGCCAAAAGGGUAAUAUUUUAAUUCUAGUCUAUGUAUAACAAAAGCAAUAUUUUAAAACAGAUUUUUUGUAAUUCAUGUUUUAUAACAAAUCAUUCAUAAAAAUGGUCUUCUUUUAAAAGUUUCACCAUUAUUAAAACAAAAGCAUUCUGAUAUAAAUGAAGUUUUUGGAGAUGUUUUUUAAUCCACUAAUUAAUAACAUAACACUUUAAUUACCUUAACAGAAUCUCUAAAAACAAAGCAUUUAUCUGUAUUAAAUGUUAGAUGCAUAUUACAGAUAUGUUGUUUCUUGAAAUACACAUUCUAUGAAUAUAUUUUUAAACUGAAGUUAAUGAAAAAAUAAUUUGUUUGAUAGAAAUGUUAUGUUCUUUUUAUAACUUAAUUCCAAAUAUUUUCAUAGUGACAUCUGUCUAUUUGUUCACAUUAAAUGGCAGAAAUUGGUUUGUGUAAGUAAAUUCAUAAACCUGCAUUUCAUUGUAUCAAGAAUGAUUUCUUAAUAAAAACUCAUUUUCCUCAGGGAAGGCAUGAUAUAAAGUAUUUUCAUAUAAUAUGUUGAACAGAUUUAAAAAAAAACAUGUACCAUUCUAAACAACAUAUAAAAAUAUAUUUAUUCUUACAUUGCAAUAACAAUUGUAUAUAGCUAAUAUUUGAUCGAACUUGGCACUUUUUGGUUUUAUUUUUUCAGUGUAUCAAUAUUUGGCAUAUUGUGAAGCUCAAAAUCAGUCAACAUUUGUCCACAUGCUUUGCCCUAAUAAAAUAAAAAUGAAGACAUUUUAUUAUUGUGCCAAUAAACUCUUAUUUUACUAAAUUUAAAUAACACAGGUGUAUGUAAUUAUUUAUGGAAAUAUAUUUCAUUAAAGAGUAAAACUACCUGAGGAUCACUUCUUAAAGAGGCAACACCUCCACCUCCCAGGGCUUCUUUCAUUACAAAAUUCAGAGCAUGUAUUCCAGGCAGUGAAUAUCUGUAAAAGAUUUUAAUUAGUAUUUUUUUACCACUAUAAGGUGAAAUAUGUCUUUAAAUGUUCAAAGAAAUCACAGUCAAUCAAUAACAUGACCACAUCUAACUAAGAAAUAAAAAUAUUAGCUGAAUCAUAAAAAUCACUUUAUUAAUUCAUUAUCCUCCAGUGAAUUCCAGAACAAGAAAUCUAUGAUUUUUGGAUGUCAUGCUACAUAGACAAAUGUUAUAUUUUUACUCAAAAUCUGAAAUCAUCCUUGUAUUUUCUUUUUCUCUUUGUUCUCUGUAAAAAUACAGAUAAUUACUGAAAAGUCAGAAAUUGUUGUUGCAAUAAAUUCCAAUUUCUAACA